AUGGAGGAGCAGGCGCGGUCGCGCGAUCCCCUGGUCAAGGGCCUUGCCCAGGCCGGCCACGGCAAGCUCUUCGCGUCCGCGUACAUCGACCAGCGGGCGCUGGACGCCGUCGCGGAACAAGACCCGCAGACGCACAAGGAGAUGCUGAGCAGUGGGCGCGCGGAACCCAUGUCGCCCGAGGACCGCGCGGCCGGCAUGGACGCCUACAUCGCGCGCGACGGCUACGGGCUGUACGACGAGACCCCCGAGAACCUCGUGCGCGAGGCCGCGGAGGCCACCGCCGCGCACGCCCAGCAGGCGAUGCGUCGCGCCGCUUUGAUCGAAAGCUACCCGUACUUCCACCCGCCGGUGUGCGGAUCGGACCUGCGGAACCUGGGGAAGAAGCAGGACCGCGGGGACCCCGCUGCGCGGCUCGACGCGGCGCGGGAGAUGCUGGAACGGGAGCUGUGUUUGCCGCGCGGCGACGACGGCGCGUGGGAGGCGUACAAGGCGAAAGCCGUCGAGAUCUACAACGCGCGGCAGGCCGUGAUGAAGCAGGCGUACGAGGCGAUGGGCGAGACGGACAUGACGUACGAGGAGCAGCGCGCGUACCUGGAGGGCCUGGUCGACGCGGCCGGCGUCGCCGACCAGGACAGCACAGGCGCUGCGACGCGGCACAUGGCCAUGGUGGUGCGCGAGGUGAUGCGGAACCCGACGAUGAACUGGCGCGUGCGCAAGCAGACCGUCGAGGCCUCGCUCGAGGCCCUCGGGUUCGCGGAGCCCCGGGGCCCAACCGAGGACCGGCGCAUUGCACACACCGCCAACGCGCCGCUCUUCGAGCCGAAGAAAGCGACGGGGAAGAAGGGCAGACGCUGA